AUGAUCGCUGAUACAGUGUACGGAAACGCCAGGGACAAACAGACUUCACCAAACGAUGAGGGCAAACAAAGCGAGACAGGCCGCCCGCUUUUUGUAGUGAAUGUGACCAAGAUUGCAGCAGCACCACUGCUAGACAACUUUCAUUGCUCUUGA